CGAUAAGAAAGAACAUGUUCCUGGUUGUCAAGGCAGUGGAAACUGUCUUUGGAGACCACCGGAGUAAGGUGAAGGUGGCUGUUCUUGGUUUCAUCAAGGAACUGUUCAGCUCUGGUGUCGAGAACUGUUCGGCCUGGGGUCUGGUGGCCUAUGUUUUCAGGGAGUUCAGUCGGGCCACCAGCAGACUGGAGACAGGAAACCUCUCUGAGAGGGAAGCAGUGGCAGAGACCGCGCUUCAAACUCUCUGCUUACAUGUCCUCGACACCCUGGACGUCUCAGCAAGCGGCAUGACAAGACUCCUAUGGCCAAGGCUCCUCCAGUUCGUAGUGCCAGCUCAGUACACUGGCACUCUGGUCCCACUCUCCCGCUGCCUCAGGGAGCUCGUGGAGAGACAGGAGAGAGCAGAAGAGAAGGAGGAACCCAAUUACCUGUGCUACCAAGAACGCGCCAAACUGCCAACUCCCCAGGCUCUGCUGGUACGUCUCCUGGUGCUUGCUUGCUCUCCUUAUGAAGGAGGUGGCCAUGGAGCUGUUGCCCUGCAGCUGCUGAAGACCCUUCACAGGGCAAUUCACAGAGCGGUGGGGAUUCCCUGGAUGGCACAGAUCCCUUCCUUGCUGCAGUACCUUGAAGGUAAAGUGUCCGCUGGGAGGGGAUUGAUUUGAAGAGGACAGAAGGG